CGAGUAGACUUGACGUGUGUGUGGCGGUGUAACCUGAGCAGGUCUCAGUUUUUAGCAAUUCUUUGAUGUGGACAGGUUAAAUUUUCAAAACAAUCAGUUUUAGGUAGAUACUGAAAAAUGUCGCAACGGAAUAAUGAAGUUCUUGGUGAUUUUAUUGAAAUUUAUAAAAGUGAACCUUGCUUGUGGAAAGUGAAAGAUAAUGACUAUCGCAAUAGAGACCAGAGAGAUGCUGCAUACAGAAAAUUAGUGAACAAAUUGAAGGAAAUAGAGCCUGAUGCAAACGAGACCUUGGUUAAAAAAAAAUCAACAGUUUGAGAUCCAAUGUUCGAAAGGAGCAGAAGAAAAUUGACUCCUCAAUGAAAUCUGGCGCCUCAGCAGAUAAUGUAUACAAACCUUCUCUUUGGUACUUCGAACUUUUUGAUUUCAUAAAGGACCAAGAUAAUCCUAGAUCAUCGGUCUCAAAUUUAUCUCCUGAAAGGGACAAUGAUGAGGUGAACAUUGAUGACCCAUCUCCAGAGGAAAACCAAUUGACACCCACUGUCUCUCAAGAAGAGCGGCGGGAAUCGAAUCAACCUGCGGCGUCGGCUGGGAUUUCACGACCUGGGCCCAGUAUAAAGAGGAAAUCUAAUGAUGAUAUAUCAGCUGAGAUAUUGUCUACUGUUCGCGAUCAUUUCAAACGACCGCAACCACAAAUCGACUGUUGCGAGCUCUUGGGGCGAACAGUAGCUAUAAAAAUGAGGGGCAUAUAAGAUAAACGCCUGCACAUCAUGUUCGAAAAAAAAAUUACACACGAUCUCCCACACCAAGUCCACAAUAUCACGCACCAUUCACACAACAAGAACAAAACCCAACUUCUCACAACAAUACAGAAACA